AAAAAUGAAGUUUGAAGUUCGGAUUUUCAAGCAUUUUGUAUUCAAUUUCAUUUAAUUUUUUAACUAAUUACUAUAAUGGCAGCGACUACUAGCGGGCCGAUUAUUGACGAUUUUGAGAACUCUUAUCAGGCUUGUCUUGCUGCUUUGACAAAUCCUGAUCAUUUUAAUGUACGUGAUUCAGAAGAAAUUAAAACUGGCGUUGAGCAAACAAUUCAACGCUUCCUGGAUGUUGCAAAGCAAAUGGAAUGUUUUUUUCUUCAGAAGCGCUUGCUGCUGUCUGUGCAAAAGCCAGAACAUAUUGUUCUUGAGAAUAUCACUGAACUGAAAAAUGAACUACUAAGAAAAACUCAUCUCCUCAACAAGUACAACGAAAAGCACCAGGUAUGGCAAAAUCUCCUACAGCAAGAAGUACCGGGAACUCCGAGACCUCCUCCUCCGGCAGUCAAUCUCCAACCCCCGCAGAAUCUGCCACAAAUGCAAGGUCCCCCACCGCAACAGAUGCCCCCGAUGCAGGUGGUGCCACAGGGUGGGGCUCCACCGGGCCACCCCCACCACAUGAUGCAACAGCACAUGGUGCCACCCAUGACUUCCUCCCCGGCACCCAACAUGCAAGGCGGCAUGAUGAUGCAAUCGCAGCAGAUGCAUCCACAACACAUGGCAGCAGCUCAGCAAGGUGGACUGCAAGGGCCCUUGGCAUAUUUAGAAAGGACCAUGUCCAACAUUGGGAUGCCUGAUAGUGGAAGGUGAAUUCUUAAUGUUUGUUUA